UGCUGAACGAUCAUCUCUUUAAGACUCAUCCAAUUCUCGUUUCUACUCUCUCACAGCUAGCUCAUCUUCGUAAAUUUCUACAAUGGCUAGAGGCACUUUCAAGCAGAAACGAGGUGGAGGACGCAGCUUUAGUAGGAACCUCACCCUAGACGAGAAUGGCGUUGCAGUUUCUUCGGAUAAGCCACGACGUCGACGCGGCGAAGAAAGUGACGAGCAUGAUAGCGACGAAGAAUCAGAGGAGGAGUCUGAAGAGGAGGAAUCUGAAGAAGAGGGAGGCGCACCGGCGCAGCAGCAACCUGAGCUCACUCGUGCUGAGCGCCGCGAGUUGAAGAAGAAGGCCAAAUCCAAAGCACAAGAGAACGGCGAGGAGGAGGCUGAAGAUGAAGAUCCGAUCCUUGCGAAUCCCAACCUCAAUGUUGGUAAGAAGUUGAACAUCUCUGAUCUCAGCGCGCCUCGUGAGCUCUCUCGACGAGAAAGGGAAGCUAAGGCUGCGAAAGAUGCGAAGGAGAAAUAUUGGAAGCUUCAUGAGCAAGGCAAGACUGAGCAAGCAAAGGCUGAUCUCGGUCGGCUCGCAAAGAUCCGUGCAGAACGUGAGGCAGCGCAGGCCAAGAGGAAGGCCGAAGCCCAGGCCAAGGCAGCAGAAGUUGAGUCGAAGAGAAAGGAGGCCGCCGGAAGGGGAAAACGUUUGUAAUCUGUAGUAUCCAAGGGCAUACAAGUUCAGUCAUUGUAUUUGGUAUCCGUGUAUCUUGCAAAUGUACUUCUAGCUUCCAGCUGUGGACUAUAUUCAGUCAGCUUUCAUUGUCCGUUUGUAGUCAUUUUCGAUUCAUUUCAAGAAUCAAAGUAUGCCUUGUAAGUUGUGACUAGAU